UUCUCCCACUGGCCACCCUUUGGCUUAGUCAAAGCACCAGGAUGUGGAGCUGGGCCCAGAAGGUGCUGCCUCAGCCCCCAGGGACCCCUCUGAAGACCACGAUGGAGGAGGAGGAGGAGGAGGAGGAGGAAGAACCAGAACUGGAGGUGGAGCUGGAACCAGAGCCGGAGCCUAAAAGAGCCCCCACGGAGCCCGAGCCACGGGGCGAGUCUCUGCCACAGGAGGAGCCAUUCAAGGGGGAGGAAGUGGCUGCAGCUGAGCCAGACCCUCAGGAAACCGAGGAGGCUGCCCUUACUCCACCCACAUCCCUCCAGGCCCAGGUCGCUGUGGUUCCUGAAGUGAACAGCACUCCCAGCGGCUGGGUGCUGACCUGGCUAAAGAAAGGAAUGGAGAAGGUUGUCCCACAGCCUGUCCUCAGCAAUGGGCCAGACCAGACCCCUGCUGCUGGCUUGGAGGGCCCCGCUCAGGUACCUGUGGGGGUGGGAGCUGAGGUCCCUGGGCAAUGCAGCAAUGGGGGCUCAGAUGGACUCAGUGUGGCCCCUGGGGCCCAGGACACUGGGCCUGGGCCCUGGCUGCUUAGGUGGCUUGAACAGAAUCUGGAGAAAGUGCUGCCUCAGCCCCCCCAAACCUCCAAGGACUGGGGAGAUGAGCCUGCAGAUGCUGCCUUGGGCCCAGAGCCCUCAGGACCCCCUUUGGAAAGGGAGCCCAUGCUGCAGGCCCUGGAGAGCCCCUCCAUGCCCACUGCUGGCCCCUCGGAGCCCAAGGAGGAGCCAGUUUCAGAGCCCCAGCCCACCUUCCAGGCUUCCUCCCUGCUGCCCGCUGGGGACCCUACCAGGUUGAUGGCUUGGCUCCUGCACCGGCUGGAAAUGGCUCUGCCGCAGCCUGUGCUCUACCGGAAGGCUGGCGAGCAGGAGCCCGAUUCCCCUGUGACGUGUGACGUGCAGACCGUCUGCAUCCUCCCUGGAGGCCAAGAGGAGCCUGAUCUCGUCCUAGAAGAGGUUGACUCUCACUGGGAGGAGGACAAGUGUCAGGACCGGGGCCCCAGUCUGCAGGGCACAGAGGCAGCUCCAGCUUAUCAAGAGGACGAGGCUAUGGAGGAGAUGCCCAGGGAGCUGCCCCAGAUUCAAGAGGAGAAGGAAGAGGAGGAGGAAGAUGGAGAGGAGGAGGAGGAGGAGGAGCCCAAUGUCCUGCUGGAUAGCUGUCUGGUGGCGCCUGCCGGUGAGCAGCCAAGUGGAGUAGGCAAGACUCAGCCCCCGGGCGCCGAACACCAGGAGCUGCAGGAGGAGGUCGUGGCUGCCAGCUCAGAAGUGCCCACUACAGAAAAGCACCCGGAAGUGCAGGUGGAAGAUGCCAAUGCUGACAGCCUCCCCCUCAUCGUGGAGAAUCCUCCCUCACCCGAGCUGCCACCACCUUCUUCUGCCAAAUCUGACACCCUCGCUGUCCCGGGAUCUGCCACAGGGACCCAAAGGAAGAGGCUGCCCUCCCAGGAUGAUGAGGCCGAGGAGCUCAAGGCACUGUCACCAGCUGAGUCUCCCAUGGUCGCCUGGUUGGACCCAUCCAGCCCUCAGGGCACAGAUGGCCAGGAACGCGCAACCUCCACGGCCAGCCAGAACAGCGCCAUCAUCAACGACCGGCUCCAGGAGCUGGUGAGGCUUUUCAAGGAGCGGACAGAGAAGGUGAAGGAGAAGCUCAUCGACCCCGAUGUCACCUCUGAUGAGGAGAGCCCCAAGGCCUCCCCAUCCAAGAAAACCCCGGAGCCGGCCCCCGAGGUGAAACCCGCCGAUGUAGGGCAGGCGGAGGAGGAGCACUACUGUGACAUGCUCUGCUGCAAGUUCAAGCGCCGCCCCUGGAGGACGUACAGGUUUCCCGAGAGCAUUGACCCGCUGACCAACCUGAUGUACAUCCUGUGGCUGUUCCUCGUGGUGCUGGCGUGGAAUUGGAGCUGCUGGCUGGUUCCUGUGCGCUGGGCCUUCCCCUAUCAGACCCCAAACAACAUCCACCUCUGGCUGACGAUGGAUUACCUGUGUGACCUCAUCUACAUCCUGGACAUCACCGUGUUCCAGCCGCGCCUGCAGUUCGUCAGAGGGGGGGACAUCAUUAUGGACAAGAAGGAGAUGCGGGAUAACUACCUGAAAUCUCGUCGCUUUAAGAUGGACUUGCUCUGCCUCCUGCCCUUGGACUUUCUCUACUUGAAGUUCGGUGUGAACCCCCUCCUGCGCUUGCCCCGCUGUUUGAAGUACAUGGCCUUCUUCGAGUUUAACAGCCGCCUGGAAUCCAUCCUCAGCAAAGCCUACGUUUACAGGGUGAUCAGGACCACGGCUUACCUGCUCUACAGUCUGCACGUGAACUCAUGUCUGUAUUACUGGGCGUCAGCCUAUCAGGGCCUCGCCUCCACUCACUGGGUUUACGAUGGCGUGGGAAACAGCUAUAUACGCUGUUACUACUGGGCUGUGAAGACCCUCAUCACCAUCGGUGGGCUCCCUGACCCCCAAACACUCUUUGAAAUCGUCUUCCAGGGGCUGAACUAUUUCACGGGUGUCUUCGCUUUCUCUGUGAUGAUCGGACAGAUGAGAGAUGUGGUGGGGGCCGCCACUGCAGGGCAGACCUACUACCGCAACUGCAUGGACAGCACAGUGAAGUACAUGAACUUCUAUAAGAUCCCCCGGUCCGUGCAGAACCGCGUCAAGACCUGGUACGAAUACACCUGGCAGUCCCAAGGCAUGCUGGACGAGUCAGAACUGAUGGUGCAGCUUCCGGACAAGAUGCGGCUGGACCUCGCCAUCGAUGUGAACUAUGACAUUGUCAGCAAAGUGGCCCUCUUUCAGGGCUGUGACCGACAGUUGAUCUUUGACAUGCUGAAGAGGCUUCGUUCUGUCGUCUACCUGCCCAAUGACUACGUGUGCAAGAAGGGAGAGAUAGGCCGAGAGAUGUACAUCAUCCAGGCAGGACAGGUGCAGGUCUUGGGUGGCCCCGAUGGGAAGGCUGUGCUGGUGACGCUGAAGGCUGGAUCCGUGUUUGGAGAAAUAAGCUUGCUGGCUGUUGGUGGCGGGAAUCGGCGCACAGCCAAUGUGGUCGCCCAUGGGUUCACCAACCUCUUCAUUCUGGAUAAGAAGGACCUGAAUGAAAUUUUGGUGCAUUACCCCGAGUCUCAGAAGUUACUCCGGAAGAAGGCCAGGCGCAUGCUGAGAAGUCACAACAAGCCCAAGGAGAAGAGCGUGUUAAUCCUUCCUCCCCGGGCAGGAACCCCCAAGCUCUUCAACGCCGCCCUGGCCAUGGCAGGGAAGAUGGGUGCCAAGGGGGCAAAAGCCGGCAAACUUGCCCACCUGAGGGCCCGGCUCAAAGAACUGGCUGCGCUGGAGGCAGCGGCGAGGCAGCAGCAGUUGCUGGAACAGGCCAAGAGCUCUCAAGAGGCUGCAGGAGAGGCGGGAUCUGCCCUCCAAGGCCAGCCAGCGCUGCAGGAGCCCCCUGCCCGCAGCCCUCCACCACCUGCCUCUCCUGAGGGGCCCAAGGAAGGCAGGGAGGGGGCGGCUGGGCUGGAGGAGCACUCAGUGCGGAUCCGCAUGAGCCCAGGCGCCGAUCCCAGGGAGCAGACCUUGUUGGUGGAGAUCCCAGAGGAGAAGAAGGAGGCCGAGUGA